AUGAUGAAAAGAAAGAAGAAGCUAAAUCGACAGCUGACUAUCAUGUUGUUACUUCAGGUAUGUCUACUAUUAUACAAUAUCAUUGUAUCUUACCUACAAGCCUUAUACCGUAAAACUUUUAAAACUUUUAAUGCUUAUUAUAUAUUGUUAUACAAGCUUUACACUCCUUAGUAUUACCUAUAUAAUUACAUACAUAUCACUUCCAGACAAUACCUCACUUUGUCCUCUCAGUAAUGCCAGUUGGUAUCUUCAACUCUCACAUAUUUGGAGGUGUGGUAAUGGCCAUAGCCAACAAUGCCAUGACUUAUGGACCUGCAAUCCUGCCUGUAUUUGAUGCUCUUACUGUACUUUUUGUGUUACCAUCUUUUCGUCGUAUCUUCUUCAAAAUAUGCAAAUGUGGCAAAGUUGCCGAUACAAAACAUACCACAGUAAUGUCGACAUCUAAAGUUCGCAAUCUUGUGCAAGUUGAUGUAAAACAAGUUUACACUGUAAAGUCAGCUGUUUAA